AGGCAACAUUGACCGCAUAUGAUGUAAUUGUUAAGGUCCAAGGAACCGCGAGGGGUAUCAAUAAAAAUCUUUCUGUUCACCAUCAUCUUCUCAUUUUCACCCCCUUUUUACGUUUCGACAAAAGCAAAUUAUUGGCCUUUUUACUGGGCUGAUUCUUUACGCCUUCACAUUCGUUUCCGAUCGAUAAAUAGACACUCUUUUUCGUUCUCAGCCCCCCUUUUGAUUCUCAAGAUCCCGAUUCAAACCUCCCCUCUCUUCACCUUCACAAUAUGCGUUUCUUUUCAACUUUAACUUUGGCAGCCGCAGCCUUUUCUGCUGGUUGCAGUGCAAUGCCAUUAGAAGCUCGUGAUAGCCUACCCGAUUCGAUCAAAGUACCCGUCAAGAAUUUGUACCCAGAAGAUGGUGUUUGGAACUUUGAUACAAAACAAUUGAUCCAAUCCAAUUUAUGGAAAGGUAGAUUGUCAGUUUACAAGCCAAGCGAUAACUCUCACUUUAACGUCUUAAUCCCUGGCGUUUCAUCUUCCGGUGAUGGAUCCCAACAAAUGGCAGGUGUUUCUUUGGACAAACGUACAAAUGCAAAACGUUUGUUCGCCGUUGCAAAACCUUCGGACGCUUUCCGUUUUGACGGUACUGUUCAUGAUCAAGGACCAUGCUCUUUCCAUGCAUUCAACCUUCCCCUUUCUUCUACUUCCAAGCCAGCUUGGUCAGUCGAUUUGCGCCCCGUUCAAAGCGCAUUUCAACAAAAGUACGGUACCCGCCCAUACGGUAACGUUGCCUCUGCUCAAGAUAACGAUGGUUACUCGUACGUCAUCUUUGCUUUAGGUGCACCUGCAAUUGCCAGAGUUAGCCCUGACGGAAAGACUGUUGAACCAUGGUUCUUUGAAAAGUCUAAUGGAAGUCAACGUCCAGGUUAUACCGGAGUUGCAUUCAUUCCAGAAGAGAAUGCAAUCGCUGCUUUCGGUGGUCCACGUCCUUUGACUUUGUUCCGAUUGAGCGAUUCUACACCCACAGCCAAAGCAGUUACAAUCAAUGGCAACUUUGGUUCUUUGUCCGGUACUGAAAAAGUCAAAGCGAUCCCAGGCAAUGACGGUAAAACCAGAUUGAUCGGUGCAAAAGCUCCCGAUGUUUACUCUUUCACUUCAACAGAUGGUUGGAACAGUGCCUCUUUCAAGACUUUCACCCGUAAAGGAUUCCAAACGAACUCUUUGACUACCAUCUUUGAAUAUGGCACAACAGCUGUUCGUGGUAUUUACGGUGCAGGUGCUUACUUUGACACAGCAAACGGUGGUAAAGGUGGUCAAACGGUCUUCCCUGCUUACCGUAUCAGCCAAGACUUGUUGGCUUAAUGUGACUGUUAUCCAAAAUCCCAUUUUUCCCAAACAUAGCAACCUCCGACCCCCUCUUAUUCAGUAACAACGGACAAUUCAUUUUCAAUUUGAUGUGAGCAUCGCACUUUGUUGCCUUGCCUUUCCAAUCUCU